UGUUGUGCCACCUGAGUGUACAAAACAUUUGAGCGGAUCAUCUGCAUGGCACAUUCAAUAGCGUUGGAAACGGUGCUGUGCGUCGGAAACAGUGACCUCAAUAAGCUCACUGGUCGGAAACAAAGAUAUGGAUUUCGAAUGACUGAUCGGAAGUCAUAUGUUUCCAGUCGGCGCGAAUUUGUCAAUUUGGAUAUUACAGCUGCUUCUAUGAGUGCUAAGGAGUGUGAUUCAUUCAAGGUUCUGAAGGAGUGUGCACGGAAUAUAGACAAAAAAAUAGCACACUUAGAGAGAGAGCUGCUUAGCCCUAGCCUCUUUGGAGAUCCCCUGAAGGCUACAGCAUCAGAGGAAUUUGUAGACCAGCGCAUUGAGGAGGUUAUUGAUAUCAAGGAAAACCUCAAAAAACUGAUUGAAGAAACAAAACAUAGCCUAGAAGUUCAGAAAAAAUUCAAUGAACAGUUGUCUGCAACAAAGAAUUCACUGAUCCAGCAAGUAGAGGAGAUAGAAAGCCACUUACAGAAAUAUGGCUAUAAACCUUUACAAAAGAACUACAGAGAUUUGUAUCCUUUUGACACUCCAAUGAUAUGUGACUUGAGAGAAGAAGAAUCCUGUGAUGGAAGCAAGAAAACCACUGAUGAUAGUUGUGUUUCUCAUGAGGAUGAGGUAACGAAGGAUUUUGAAGAACUGAAUCUAAGCUACAAGGAAUGCCUCACACCAUUUGUAUCAGUUGCACAAUCAAGAAGUAACAAUGUAGCAUCAAGUAACCAACAUUACGUUCCUAGGAAACUGGUUGACAAUGAAUCUACAGUGUCUGAAAGUGCCCCUGAUCAAACAAUAAGUGCCAAUGAUACUAAUGAAGCUACUGGAUAUUCUGAAACAUUCUAUGCACUGGAGAGAAAGUUUAAAAUGUAUAAACAUCAGAAAGGACGUGAAUUGCCAUUUUAA